CGCACGUGACCCAACCAGGAAGUGUAGCCGGAAGUCCCAACGACAACAACCGGCGGACUGAAGGUCCGCGAGCGUCUGGAGACAUGGCGGACUUCUUGUUUACACGCCGCGGCGCAGAGAAGCACAAGACGCCGCUGACUCAGAGCGACUUGGUUCAAUGUGGAUUAAAAGGGAUCCAGCUGAGACCUUACCAGCUGCAUGGGGUCCAGUGGUUGACCCAGUGUCUGCAGCACCAGCAGGGGUGCAUUCUGGGAGACGAGAUGGGUUUGGGGAAAACCUGUCAGACGAUCUCUCUGCUGGUCUUCAUGUCGGGUUCUCUGGGGAGCAAAGGUCCGUUCUUGGUUCUGAGCCCGCUGUCUGUCAUGGAGAACUGGAGGGCGGAGCUUGAGCGCUUCGCUCCGUCUCUGACCGCGUUGCGUUACCAUGGAGACAAAGAGAGGCGAGCCGAGCUUCAGAGGGAAACGCACACUCGGGACUUUGAUGUUCUGCUCACGACGUACGAGCUGUGCCUCAAAGACGCUUCAUUCCUGAGACGGUGGAAGUGGGAGGUGCUCGUCGUAGACGAAGCUCACAGGCUGAAGAAUCAGAAUUCAUUGUUGCACAAGACCUUGACUCAGUUCUCAGUUGGGUUCAGAGUCCUGCUCACGGGGACCCCCAUCCAGAACAACCUGCAGGAGCUCUACUCCCUGCUGAGCUUCAUCCAGCCCGACGUCUUCACGGCCGAGAAGGCCGACGACUUCACCGACUCCUACCGCGAAGUUCAGAGUCGACCCGCUCUCGCUGCCGAGCUGCAGAGGGUCCUGGACCCCUUCCUGCUCCGCCGGGUGAAGUCCGAAGUGGCCGUGGACCUGCCGAAGAAGACGGAGCUGUUGAUGUACCACGGCAUGUCGGCCCUGCAGAAGAAGUCCUACAAAGCCUUCCUGAUGAAGGAUCUGGAGGCUUUCCAGGGCAACAAGAACAAGCUGCUAAACAUCCUGAUGAACCUGAGGAAGUGUGUCGACCACCCGUACCUGUUUGACGGGGUGGAGCCGGAGCCGUUUGAGAUGGGGGAGCAUCUGGUGGAAGCCAGUGGGAAGCUCUGCCUUCUGGACAGCAUGCUGGCCUACCUCCACAAAGGAGGCCAUCGGAUCCUGCUGUUCUCCCAGAUGACGAGGAUGCUGGACAUUCUUCAGGAUUACAUGGAGUUCAGAGGAUACAGCUAUGAGCGUCUGGACGGGUCCGUCCGAGGGGAAGAAAGAAAUCUAGCAGUGAAGAACUUCAGCAGCAAAGAUAUCUUUGUCUUUCUUCUGAGCACUAAAGCAGGGGGCGUCGGCCUGAACCUCACAGCUGCUGACACCGUCAUCUUCAUGGACAGCGACUUCAACCCUCAGAACGACCUGCAGGCGGCUGCACGCUGCCACCGGAUUGGUCAGAACAGGCCCGUGAAGGUGAUCCGCCUCCUGGCCCGAGACACCGUGGAGGAGAUCAUGUUCUCUCGAGCCGCGUCCAAGCUGCAGCUCACCGACACGGUGAUCGAAGAAGGACGCUUCUCUCUGCUGGACCGAGCGCAGUCCGCCGCUGCGGGACUCAAGCUCAGCGAGAUCCUGAAGUUCGGGGUCGAUAAGCUUCUGUCGUCGUCGGAGAGCUCUGUGACGGAUGUGAAGCUGGAGAAGAUCCUCGGUUCCUCGCAGGACGGCCACUGGGUGGAGGACGACUGCAGCUCGCUCAGAGAGGAGGAGGAGGAGGAGGGGGAGGAAGAAGAGGGGGAGGAGGAGGAGAGCGUCUCUGAAUCCGACGGGCAGAACCACAUGUACUACUUUGAGGGAAGAGACUACAGUCGCGACCCGAGCGCUGGAGACCAGAAGACCUUCGACCGUCUGCUGGAGGAGCAGCUGGCCGAGUUCCAGAGAGAUGCAGGAGGACGACGAGCUCUGAGGCACAACGCUGGAGUCUCUCCGUCGGUCGCCCUCGGGAUGCCAACGAGGAAGAGGAAACCUCUUACGGAGGCGGAGCUGGAGCUCAGAAGCCAGAGACGGGAGGAGGCUGCAGUUAAGAGAGCCAAACUUCAGGAGGAUACGAAGAAGAAGCAACAAGAGCAGAAACACAAGAAAAAAAUGGCGUGGUGGGAGUCGUGUGGCUACAGGUCACGUUGUCUGCCGCCGGCGGACAGUGAAGAAGAGGAAGAAGAGGAUGAGGAGGAUGACAGCAGCGUGUGCUCCACAGACUCUGACAGCUCGGCCAUCCACUACGUCCUGGGGGAUGUGACUCACCCUCACGCCGCUCAGGGAGACGCCAUCAUCGUCCACUGUGUUGACGACUCGGGCCGGUGGGGUCGAGGAGGCCUGUUCACGGCGCUGGAGUUGAGGUCCGAUGAACCGCGGCACAAGUACGAGUUGGCCGGCAAGAUGAAAGAUUUGGACGUUGGAAACGUGCUGCUCCUCCCCAUCGAUGACAAACAGUCCAGAUUAGACGGCCGGGAUCAACUGGCCUUGAUCGUCGCCCAGCGGAGAGACGAAGCCAACAAGCUGUCCGGGAUUCUUCUGAGCGCUCUGGACGACGGCCUGAAGAAGAUCCACGCCGCGGCCAAAAGACACAAAGCGAGCGUCCAUCUUCCUCGCAUCGGCCACGCCACCCGAGGCUUCAACUGGUACGGCACGGAGCGGCUCAUCAGGAAGCACCUGGCGUCCAGAGGCGUCGCCACGUUCGUUUAUUACCACAACAGAGCGGCCAAGAACUCGGCUCCUCCUCCUUUGACCCCGACGUCCUCCUCGGCUCCUCCUCCUUUGUCCCCGACGUCCUCCUCGGCUCCUCCUCCUUUGUCCCCGACGUCCUCCUCGAACGCGCCGACUGAGGACGAGGCUCCUCCCCCCUCGCAACUCCCCUCCUUCAUGGGAGGAGUCCGUGUGUUCUUCUUCAACCUGGCGGCGUCGGACAGGAAGCGGCUCGGCCGAUACCUCGUCACGUAUGACGGAGACGAGGACGACGUCAUGAGUCCGGAGGUCACGCACGUCGUGGCGGAGGUGGAGAGCAGCGUCCAAUCACAGGAGCUCCGGGCCCUGCUGGCUCGGUUCCCCCGGGCCGUCCCGGUUCCCCCGGCCUGGCUGGAGUCCUGCUUCUCCCGGCAGAGGACGGUCGGCGCGGCGCCGUUCCUGUUGCCGUGACGACGCUUCUCACCGCGUCGGCCCGAAUGGAUUCAAGAGGCUCCGGAAACACAAACGCUGCUUUGAACUUCAGUUUGAAUUCAUUGUGUUCGCUCGUCUUUGUUUUUAAAGUUUAUUUCAGCAGAUUUUAAUGUUUUGACUUUCAUGUUGUGGACAAACGUAACGACGUAAUCAUGAUUUAUUAACUAACUAUAUAUAUAUAUAUCUAAAAACUAUAUUAACUGUAAUCAGACUGAAUUACAUGACAUAUACUGAAAUACAAAUGACAGUUUGUCAAGGAUUAAAUUUUUUAUUUUACGUGUUUUCCAAAAUUGAAGUUUUUUUAAAAUGAUUGAAAAAUUAUGAUAACCAAUUAACUCGUGAAAAACUGUAAA